AUGGAGGAGGCCCAGCCGGCGUGCGGCCGACUGCACUCGCGGCUGUCGAAUCUCCUGGCGGAGCUGAAGAGAGUGGAGACGACGCAGACGUCGGCGUCGUCACUAAACGAGUGCACAAGCGUCGUGGCCGCAUUCCUCAAGUUGCUGCAACGUCACAGCGGUAAACCAUUGAUCUACCGAGUUGUCAGGCAUAAAUCCAUGGUGGAUGGACUGCAACAAGUUAAUGAAGGCGUCGAGGAGCUGUUCCGAGAGCUGCUGGACGUCGACGUCGUCAACUGGAGCGACCAAUGGGAAGCCGACUGCCAGCUGCAAGAUGCAGAGAUUGAGGCUGCAAUUAAGGAUAAAUCCGUGGUUUUACGAGACCUGCAGAGCUCCAGAGCUCGGGCUGAUGCCUGGUUCACUCUUAAAUUUGAGGUGGAGAGGAGGUCGGAGCUGCAAAAUGAGAAGACGAUGCGGUGGAUGACGUCGGUUAUGCAGACGAUUGCGGCGGGGUUGAAGACGUUGGGUGGAGCUUUGCCGGAAUGGUUUCUGCCUGAGUAUGAGGUGCAGGUUGAGAGGAAGCCAUUUCGACGUGGAUGCUUUGGGUCGCUGCAUCGUGGAGUGUUGCUGAGUUCUGGGGUGAAUGUGGUGGUGAAGCGGUUUAGUGUUGACGAGAUGAUGGUUGACGAGCACGUGCAGCUGAAGUUGGACAAGGAGUUUGAGACGUUGUGCGGUUUAGAGCACCCAAACGUUAUGAAGGUGUUUGGGGGUUCGCCUGUCGGCUCACCCCCGUUUAUUGUGUAUGAAGACGCGAUGGAUAGAGAUCUUCGGUCUUUCUGGAAUCGGUCAGACGAGAUCAAGGAGCGAAUGUAUACUUUGCUUCACCAGGCUGCAAUGGGGCUGAACUAUCUCCAUAAGCAAGGAGUCUGCUUGGCAGGCCGGGCUACCUUCACCUCGGACGUGUAUUCGCUCGCAAUGUGCAUGAUUGAAGCUGCGACCAACCAGCCCCCGGUCGCGUGGUUAGACGCCAAAAGUGUUCGUGAGUAUUUGAAAAACGGAUUGCUUCCCAGCAGACCAGAUAGCAUGACCGACGAAACGUGGGCGCUUGUGGUCUCCAUGACUAAGUUUGAUCCUGAAAAACGAGUCGACCUUGAGAGCGUGAUCAACAAACUGAAACACUUCGCUGACCGCGAGUCUGCAGUGACACUCAACUGUUGCUGCGUGUGUGCUGCAUCAAUCUCAGUCGAAUGGAAAUUUUGCGCGCAAUGUGGGAGCCAGCUGCCUGUCAGCCCACCGUCGCCAGAAUUGACUGGAAACUUGUCUGUCCCACAACUCGUUGCGGCAACUCGGACAGAGUCAGCAGCCAGACAAGAUCAAGCUCUACUGCUGUUGGUUCAAGCCUGUAUCGAUGAUGACAAGCGCCGUGAAUUUUACGCCUCGGAUGUUAUUUCAACAUUGGUUGACUUGGUGGAAACGGGCCGCAGCCACUUUGCUCGAGUGUGUGCACUUCAAUGUUUGAGUAUGGAGAAGACGCCGGAGUUAAUUUCCAGCUAUUCCGACGGAAAAAUCAUAGAGCUGGGGCAGUCCAUUCCAGUUCUGACACCGCAAGAAUGUACGUGGCUUGUGGGCGCGUUGAUGACCGGUAGCUGUCAGAACAAGUUAAAGGCAGCGAUACAUUGCGCGGGCGCGAUCACAGCGAAUCGUGGCAAGGGUCUGCGAAGUGCAGGGGCAGUGGAAGCUCUCAUAACGUUACUGAAAAGUGAUGAUGAGCCCCCAAAGAUCUGGUCGGCCAUCGCCCUCGGCCAUCUAGCCGAUCACGAUGUAAACUGGCGGACUCUUAUGAAGAAAAACGUGGCAGGACCUUUGGCAUCGAUUCUUCAAACUGGCAGCGACAUGCAAAAGUCAUACUCGGCCUGGGCCUUGUGCCGUCUUGCUAUCAGUGAUGCGACCGAUGACUUAGAAGGAAAAGAAGGGUUAAUAUCGCUGCUGGUGUCACUGCUCAACUGUGGAACACGUGAGCAGAAGAAUAUUGCAGCACGACUGUGUGCUGCUUUGGCUGUCAGCGCUGAUAGUCGCCGACUAAUUGUUGAGAUCGGAGGCCUACAGAUAGCUGUCGAGCUUCUUCGAGUCGGGUCUGAUGUCCAGAGAGAGCAAUCAGCCCGAGUAUUGGCGUGUCUGAGUCUUGAUGAGGGCGGUAGCAUCGCAGUUGCUACAGAGGGAGGCAUACCCCCGAUUAUGGAGCUUCUUCGCUUUGGCAUUAGUGAGCAGAAGGAGCAAGCGGCGAAGGUGCUGGUUAAUCUUACGUUGUACGAGCGGAGUCGCGACUUGGGUGCGCGCGAAGGAGUUAUUCCACCUUGCGUGGAGCUUCUUCGGUACGGCAACGAAAAGCUAAAGGAGUACGCGGCUUUGGUGCUAGCUAAUCUCGCACACAGUGCGAAAGAUCGCUGCGCGAUUGCAGAGUCGGGGGCGAUCGCAUUCCUGGUCUCGCUUCUUCGUGGAGGAACCCCAAGCCAGAGGGAAUCAGCAGUGUGGGCUUUGGCUAAUUUAUCGGUGGACAAGAAGAACCGCAGCCUGAUUGCAGCUGCAGGAGGCAUUGCCGCCCUCAAAGCACUGCUUCAGAGUGGAACGGAUAACCAGAAGGGCCAAACAGCUCGGGCUUUGACGAAUCUGACGCUAGAUCAAGGAUGUCGAGAGGAGAUUGCUCGCGAAGGUUGUAUUCCGGUAUUUGUGGGUCUGCUUCGAAGUGGCGACGAGAAGCCUAAGGAGCAAACCGUGCGGGCUCUGACAAAUAUGGCGGUCAGCCAGAGCCAUCGAAGACGUAUGAUACAAGCAGGGUGUGUCGCGUGCUUUGUGGGGCUUCUUCGAGAUGGAACUGCGGGCCAGAAGCUGCACACAGUACGAGCUGUGGCUCUUUUGACUAUAGAUGUGGAGAACCGAGACUCAAUCGCUCGUGCAGGAGGCAUCCCGCCGUUAGUGACUCUUGCUUGGGUCGGAAACGAUGUCCAGAAGGAAUUGUCCACGUGUGCGCUGGCCAACUUGUCUGCUAGCGUUGAAAACCGCAUUACCAUAGUAAGAGUGGGGGCGUGUCUUCCUCUAGUAGCGCUUCUUAGCGUUGGAACU